UGUCCUGGCUGCAGUUUAGAAGGAAAGCAGCUGGAAGGUUAGCCAGGUUGUUUGCAAGUCACCUCUCAGCGUCGCAAAGUGGAUUCUUGUCAUUGUCACUGAAGAACCUUUUUUGUUUGUUUGUGCAAUGAGAAGAAGUCAAUAAUCGCUUCGGUGUUUUUGAUUUGAAAACCAUGGCUGCUGCCCAUCCGCUCAGAAGAAUGGACUCGGGUCAGGGGGACUUCUCUCCUCUGAAGCACUUUGUUUUGGCCAAGAAGAAGAUAAGUGACGUGUUCGAGCAGCUAAUGGAGUAUGUAAAAGAAAGCUCAGCGUUUGUGGAAGUAACCUGUCAGAAUAAAGCUUUGGAGAACAUUGCCAGAGAGGACCAAAAAGCCCAAAUCCAGACGUAUGCUGAAAAACUGGCUAUCAUUAAGGAGGUGUUGGCACGGAGGCAUAUGAAGGUUGCCUUUUUUGGAAGGACCAGUAAUGGGAAGAGCACGGUGAUCAAUGCCAUGCUGAGGGACCGGGUGCUGCCCAGUGGCAUCGGCCACACCACCAACUGCUUCCUGAGCGUGGAGGGCACUGACGAGGACAAGGCCUACCUAAAAACUGAAGGCUCUGAUGAGGAAAAGAGCAUCAAGACAGUGAACCAGCUGGCCCACGCGCUCCACAUGGAUGAAAGUCUGGAUGCUGGCUGCCUUGUCCGAGUCUUCUGGCCAAAGACCAAGUGUGCCCUGCUCCGAGAUGACCUGGUGCUAGUCGACAGUCCCGGGACAGACGUCACAUCGCAGCUGGACAGCUGGAUUGACAAGUUUUGCCUUGAUGCUGAUGUGUUUGUGCUGGUGGCCAACUCUGAAUCCACGCUCAUGAACACGGAAAAGCACUUCUUCCACAAAGUGAACGAACGCCUGUCGAAGCCCAACAUAUUCAUCCUCAACAACCGCUGGGAUGCCUCAGCUAACGAGCCAGAGUACAUGGAAGAUGUGAGGAAACAGCACACAGACCGCUGUGUCAACUUCCUGGUGGAGGAGCUGAAGGUGGUGGACCGUCAGCAGGCGCCCAACCGCAUCUUCUUUGUCUCGGCCAAAGAGGUCCUCAACUCUCGCAUGCAGCGUGCACAGGGCAUGCCCGAAACUGGUGGUGCCUUGGCAGAGGGCUUCAAGCAGAGGCUUAAAGAGUUCCAGAGCUUUGAGAGGAGGUUUGAGGAGUGUAUCUCGCAGUCAGCAGUGAAAACAAAGUUUGAGCAGCACACUAUCAGGGCCAAGCAGAUCACUGAAACCAUCAAAAGCAUCAUGGACGACAUCAACAUUGAGGCGGCGGAGAAGAGGGUAGCAGCGCUGGAGGACAGGGAGUACCUGAUGGACCGGCUGGAGUUUGUCAAGCACCAGCUGACCCUGCUGAUCGAUGACAUCAAGAAGAAGAUCAAAGCCAUCAGCGAGGAAGUGGAGGCCAAGGUGUCCAUUGCCAUGGGGGAGGAAAUUUGCCGCCUCAACGUGAUCAUCGACGAGUUCCAUGGUGACUUUCACCCGUCCCCUCAUGUCCUCAAGAUCUAUAAGUCGGAGCUGUUGACCCACAUUGAGGAGGGCAUGGGCAAGAAUCUGGCGUUCCGCUGCUCCAAUGCCAUCAACGCAUCUGUCCAGUCCUCCCAGAAAGAUAUGAUAGAGAGCAUGCUGCCUCUGCUGCCCCCUGCUGCUAAGGGCCAGAUCCAUAUGCUGGUGCCCAGCAGAAAGUUUGACCUGAGCUAUGACCUGAACUGUGCCACGCUCUGUAGUGACUUUCAGGAGAAUAUCGAGUUCCAGUUCUCCCUGGGCUGGGCGGCAGUAGUCCAUCGCUUCUUGGGCCCUGCCAAUGCCCAGAGGGCCCUGAGGCUGGUGGAUCAGAACUUCCAGAUCUCUCGGCCGGCACUACCCCUGGCCGGCACUCCCUCCUCCAGCCUGCCAUCCACUGUUGCCCCACCCAACCAGGAAAUGGCUGUCAUGAGCCAGGAAGAGCUGGUGGUAGCCAUGGCAACCAACCUAGCAUCCCUAACCUCUCGCACCUCCAUGAGCGUCAUCAUCGUUGGAGGAGUGGUAUGGCGCACGGUAGGCUGGAGGCUGAUUGCCCUGUCAGCCUCGCUCUACGGUUUGCUGUACCUGUAUGAAAGACUCACCUGGACCACCAAGGCCAAGGAGCGUGCUCUUAAGCGCCAGUUUGUGGAGUACGCUACAGAGAAGCUGCAGCUCAUCGUUAGCUUCACUGGCGCUAACUGUAGCCACCAAGUCCAACAGGAGAUGGCGACCACCUUCGCUCGGCUGUGUCAGCAGGUGGACCAGACUCAGCGGGAGCUGGAAGCAGAGAUUAGCCGAGUGACUGCCAAGGUUGAGCAGAUGGAGACGGUCCAAAGCCGCUCCAAGAUCCUGCGACAUAGAGCCACGGAUUUGGAGAAACAAUUGGAGGCGUUCACGAACCAGUACCUCCAACCACCACAGUGACCUGCAGGGUGAUCCUCUCUCUCUCGUCCAUCACUCGUCCUCGGCUCAUGUUGAGCCUCCACUCCUUAACCAAGGCACCGCCGCCACGCCAUGCCUGGUUUCUCUCACACCUCCCCCCUUCUCUGCUCUGUCACUGUUUUGAAUGUGAACAGCGAGGACAGAGCUCAUCAUCUGAGUUUCCUCCUCUUCCACCUCCUGAAGAGAAGUGUGACCCAGACGCAAACCAACAAACGGCCUGUAUUACCGAUUAAAGUGACCUGGAGCGGGGCUACACAAAGACUCUGCACAAGGUGGCACUAAAACCUCUCUUAGUACACGGACUAUUUGGUCAGGGUGCUUUACUUAGACACUGUUGUACUUCUAACUGUGAACGUGCUUGAUCGACUUACUUUUUGACCAGUGAAUGAAGUUGAUGUGAGUGUAUGUGCACUUUCAAACCUGUUUAGGCACGUGGCCUGUAAGUUUGGUGCUGCAUGAGGAAUGGCACUGAUUAGAAGUUGAAAUUUAUUUUUUGGUUAUGUAUCAGGAAUUAUUUCAAUUUCCCAAGAGAAAGUAAUUUGACUAUAGAAGAAGGCUCGUCAUUGCUUGAAACAAAAACGAAACAAAUCUAUACAGUGUUAGUAAAUCUUUUGAUAACUUGUUGCAUUUUGUAAUGUCCCUUUGUCCUUUAUACCAAUUAGAUCUGACCUAUCCUUAAAAUUUCAGCACUCUCCAUUUUGUACAACUUAUUUUCUGUUUGAAUGAUUUGGAAUACUUCCUUUCCCCAAAUCGUAUUAAAACAUGCUACUGUGUAGA